AUGGGUGAGGCGCAGUCGUCGGUUGCGCAGACGUCCGGCUCGAUAGCGGCGCCGGCGCAAUCACAGUCAUCACUAUUUCCUCCUGCAACGGCGACGUUCGUGCUGAAGCCCUUAACGCAGCCGAUCACCCAAGAUUAUAAGGUGAGCAAGAGGGUGUUGGGCGUUGGCAUCAACGGCAAAGUGGUGGAAUGUAUCCGGCGCAAAACUGGCGAGAAAUUCGCCCUCAAGGUAUGUUUUCGAAUUGCGUCUGCUCACCUCCUGUCCUCAAAUCAUACAGCCAGCAGCCAUAAAAACAUCGUGCGUAUCUUCGACGUCUAUGAAAAUACCUACAACAACGUCAAAUGUCUCCUUGUUGUCAUGGAAUGCAUGGAAGGCGGAGAACUGUUCAGUAGAAUACAGCAGCGAGCUCAAAACGCGUUUACUGAAAGAGAAGCGGCUGCUAUCAUGUAUGAAAUCUCUUCGGCUGUACGUUUUUUACAUCAUCUCAGCAUCGCUCAUCGCGACCUGAAGCCAGAAAAUCUGCUUUAUUCCAAACCUGGCAAUGACGGAGUUCUUAAAUUAACAGAUUUUGGAUUCGCGAAAAGGUGUGAACCGUCCGCCGUAAAGCCGUUAGAAACGCCGUGCUACACGCCUUACUAUGCGGCGCCGGAAGUUUUAGGGACCGACAAGUAUGACAAGUCUUGUGACAUGUGGUCUAUCGGUAUCAUCAUGUACAUACUGCUCUGCGGUUUUCCACCGUUUUACUCUUCGCACGGAUUGGCGAUGUCCCCUGGUAUGAAAAAUCGCAUCAAAGCGGGGCAAUAUGAAUUCCCUUCCCCUGAAUGGGACAAGGUUUCUGACAAAGCGAAAGACCUUAUACGAGGAUUAUUAAGAACCGAUCCGGCUACACGACUGCAGAUAAAUCAAAUGAUGGAUCAUCCAUGGAUUGUGGGAUAUUCAAAGGUACCUGAAACACCGCUUUGCACCCCGGCGGUUCUUUCAGAAGGAAAGGCGCAGUGGACGGAAGUGCAGGAAGAAAUGGCUAAUGCCCUGGCGACAAUGCGCGUCGACUAUGAUCAGAUGCACAUAAAAAAUUUGGGAGAAACUAACAACAAGCUUCUGGCAAAGCGAAAAAAGAAAAAUUUUUUUGAUAUGAAGCUGUGA